AUCAAUCUCGCACGGGUAUUCAUGACGCUGUGGCUGCUGCUGGCAUUUUCUUCAGGUUUCUCCCUGGCAAAAUGGCUGUGGAAAAGCGCUUGGCAUAUUCUAUUGUGCAGUUCCUCAGAGAUCAGACAAACUGUGGCUCGCUGAAUUCAGGUGAACAGGAGAGCCUGGAAGUUGCAAUACAGUGUCUGGAGACCACAUACAAGAUCCGCUCGAGUGACUUCGAUCUUGACAGCACCCAGCCACUGAGAGAGAUAUUCCUCAAUUCCCUUCUCAAAAAUGAUAUCGUUCUGUUAUCUGAAUCGUCUCCAUCCCCAGAGGACAUUGAAAGAGCUGAACAGCUUAAAAAUGAAGGGAAUAACCACAUGAAAGAGGAAAAUUAUAGCAGUGCUGUGGACUGUUAUACAAAAGCCAUUGAGUUGGAUCAAAUAAAUGCUGUUUAUUACUGUAACAGGGCUGCAGCACACAGUAAACUUGGAAACUACACUAAGGCCACAGUCGAUUGUGAACGAGCGAUUGUGAUUGACACCUCAUACAGUAAAGCUUAUGGCAGAAUGGGAUUGGCUCUAACGUCUAUGAGCAAGUAUCCAGAGGCAAUAUCUUAUUUUCAAAAAGCACUGGUGUUAGAUCCUGAAAAUGACACCUACAAAUCAAACCUAAAGAUUGCAGAGCAAAGACAAAAAGAAGCAUCCAGCCCUACGGCCGCAGGACUGGGGUUUGACAUGGCCAGUCUCAUUAAUAACCCUGCUUUCAUUAGCAUGGCCGCCAGCGUGAUGCAAAACCAGCAAGUUCAACAACUUAUGUCAGGCAUGAUGUCCAACGCAGCUGGUGUUGGAGGAUUAUCUGACAUAUCCAGUCUCAUUGAAGCCGGGCAGCAGUUUGCUCAGCAGAUCCAGCAGCAGAACCCAGAGCUGAUCGAGCAGCUGAGGAAUCACAUCCGGAGCCGCUCCUUCAGCGGCAGUGCAGAGGAACACUCCUGAUCCAUGCAGGUGUAUAUAGGGUUAAGAAGCAAGGGAUGGCAGGCAGAAGGGAAGAGUUGUGAGUGUAAUCAUUACAUUCUUCAAUUCAGCAGCACCAGACAUGGUCAACGUGGCACUUUAUAUAGAUGCAUCAGGGAAGAAAAGGAAAAACACAUUAACAAUCGAUGUUAAGACCUGACUGAGGUUUCUUUGUGUUUGUCUGUUGUUUUAUGAAUGUAGCUGGCAAUGACACACCAGAGUUGUGUUUAUUUUAAAUACUAAAUGACCAGACAUAAUGUUGUGCCUAUUAAUCUUAGAUGUGGGGGAAUGGUCAUUAAUAUCAAAGAAAAUGUAACAGGAUAGUUCACCCAUGAAGAACAUUUCAGUCAACACUUACUGUUCAUCUUGUUCUAACUUUUCCUUGCAUGGAACAAAAAAGAACAACAACACGAGAGUGAGUAAAUGAUGACAGAAAUUUCAUUUUUAGGUUAACUAUACUUUUAACACAUUAUCUACACAUUACAUAUACUGUUCGUUUUAGGAACAAGAGACAUCAAUGUGUGAUAAAUAACCACUAUAUUUGCUGCGUCACCAGUCCUGUUUAAGUUGUUUAUUCAUCAUUAAUGACUAUGAAAUAAUGUUGCUGUAAUAGCAUAUUCAUAAUCUCAGCAUUUGCAUUUUAUUUUGCAUGCUCAUAAUCUGAUAUUUGCAGUCAGAUGUGUGAUUUAAUCUUAUGA